GAUGGAUCUAGACAAGCCCUUUUACAAGCCUGGAGAGAGAGUAAAACUUCGAAUUGUGCAGCUUGAUGAACAAUUUAAGGUCCGCAAUAAAUCUAUCCCUUUGCUAGAGCUGAGAGAUCCUAAUGGGAACCGAAUAGGCCAAUGGGUAGACGUGAAGCCUCACCAUGGCAUUGUGGAUCUGUCUUUCCCUCUGGCCUCGGAAGCGGCCCUGGGAUCGUAUACCUUCAAAAUGGGAGAGGACUACAGAAAUAGGAAAGCAUUCACUGUGGAGGAAUAUGUGCUGCCUAAAUAUGAAGUGCUGUUUGAACUUCCGCAACUUGUCACCAGAGCAGAUGAAGAAGUUCAAGUCAAAGUGCUUGGCAG